AUCUGUCACUUUCACUUUUCACUCGCCGAGUUGGUUGUCUCGUCAGCGCACACGUUUUCAGCACUUUUGCUGCCGAAAAAUAUUUUUGCGGUUUGGAAAAGUUUGCAAAUUUCUCUGGUUGAACUCUCCGCGUAACACUUGUUCGUUGAAAACCUUGCCCGCGAUGGCGACCAAGCUAGUGUCCAGCUACAACGAACCGGCCAUCGGUGGAUUGAUUGUGGCCGAAGUGAUCAAGUCGACAAACCCGAUCGAGAUCAGCUGGGGCCAGGAGACGUCGAUCACGUUCUCAAACCGGACGCUGAUUUGCGUGACAAACAAUGACGUGCUGCGUGCACUUGCGAGGGACGCCCCCAAGUAUCAGUUGUACGGGAAGACCCCGAUCGAGCGGACCCAGAUUGACCACUGGCUGACGUACACGUUGUCGAUGGAGAAGGAUCCGGCGGACGAGCUGAUGUAUUUGAACAAGUGCUUGGCUCCGCUGACGUUCCUUGUGGCGAAUCAUUUGACGAUUGCGGAUUUGGCCGUUUUUAACGAGCUGUUCAGCUGCUAUGAAGAGUUGAAGGCGGUUGGUAUUCCGGUGCACGUCCAGCGAUUCUACGAUCUUAUAUCGGCCCAGCCGGCGGUGAAGAGUGUCCUCCAGGGAAUUCCGAAGGAAGCGAAGCUGGGCAAAAGGGGCACGACGACUCGUGGGGGAAGUGCGGAGAAGACAACCGAGCGAAAGCAGGAAGGAAAGUUUGUUGAUCUUCCGGGAGCUGAGAUGGGAAAGGUUGUGGUACGGUUUCCCCCGGAGGCGUCCGGUUAUUUGCACAUUGGCCACGCGAAGGCUGCUCUGUUGAAUCAGUACUACCAGCAAGCGUUCCAGGGCAAGCUGAUUAUGCGAUUCGACGAUACCAAUCCGGCCAAGGAGAACGUUCACUAUGAGAAGGUGAUUCUGGAGGAUUUGGAAAUGCUGCAGAUCAAGCCGGACCUGUUUACGCACACUUCGCAGUACUUUGACCUGAUGCUAGACUAUUGCGAACGGUUGAUGAAGGAGGGCAAGGCGUACGUUGACGAUACCGAACCGGAGCAGAUGAAGAAGGAACGCGACGAGCGCACCGAGUCGAAGAACCGAAGCAACAGCGUGGAGAAGAAUUUGCAAAUGUGGCGGGAAAUGGUCAAGGGUUCGGCGGCGGGGCAAAAGUGUUGCGUCCGCGCCAAAAUCGACAUGGCUUCGCCAAACGGUUGCAUGCGAGAUCCGACGAUCUAUCGGUGCAAAAAUGAACCACAUCCUCGUACGGGAACGCAGUACAAAGUUUACCCGACGUACGACUUUGCCUGUCCGAUUGUUGACGCAAUUGAGGACGUAACGCACACUCUGCGAACGAUGGAAUAUCACGAUCGCGACGAUCAGUUCUAUUGGUUCAUCGAGGCGCUUGGACUGCGCCGUCCGUACAUCUGGGAGUACAGUCGGCUGAAUAUGACCAACACCGUACUGUCGAAGCGCAAGCUGACCUGGUUCGUCGAGGAAGGCCUGGUUGACGGGUGGGACGACCCACGAUUCCCCACGGUGCGUGGCAUUCUUCGGCGCGGUAUGACCGUCGAGGGUUUGAAGGAAUUCAUCAUCGCGCAAGGAUCUAGCAAGUCGGUCGUGUUCAUGGAAUGGGACAAAAUCUGGGCGUUCAACAAGAAGGUGAUUGAUCCGAUUGCGCCACGCUACACUGCGCUGGAGAUGGAAAACCGUGUCGUGGUGAAUGUUGCGGGCGCCAAGCUCGAAGCUGUGCAAGUUCCUGUUCAUCCCAAGAAUGCUGACAUUGGUACGAAAACGGUCUGGCUUGGUCCGCGUGUGCUGAUUGAUCAAGCCGACGCUGUUGAGCUGAAGGAGGGCGAAAAUGCCACCUUCAUCAAUUGGGGCAACAUCAUGAUCAACAAAGUCCACAAAGAUGCCACUGGAAAGGUCACCUCCAUCGACGCGAGCUUGAAUCUGGACAACAAGGACUUCAAAAAGACGCUGAAGCUCACGUGGCUGUGCGAGCAAGACCCCGCUGAAUAUCCGCCGACGUUCUGCGUCUACUUUGAGCACAUCAUCGGGAAGGCCGUGCUCGGCAAGGAAGAAGACUUCAAAACCUACAUCGGCCAUCAAACCAGGUCUGAAGCUCAAAUGCUGGGCGAUCCCGAGCUGAAAAAGCUCAAAAAGGGUGACAUCAUCCAGCUGCAGCGGCGCGGCUUCUUCAAGGUGGACCAAGCGUACGCGCGGCCGAGUGAGUUCUCCGCGGUGGAAACGCCCGUCGUGCUGUUUUCGAUUCCGGACGGGCACGCCAAGGAGCAGCCGACGGCGGGAGGCCCGAAGAAGAAUGCCGCGGAGGCGUCCAAGAAAGCUGCCAAGGCUCCUGCUAAAUCUACCGAUUCUGCGGCUAAGCCAGCGACAGGCGCAUCGAACGCAGCUCAACUAAACGACUCGAUCGUGCAACAGGGUGACUUGGUGAGGAAGCUCAAGGCAGAGAAGGCAGCAAAGGCCGACAUUGAUGCUGCUGUGAAGCAGCUUCUAGCGCUCAAGACUCAAUUCAAGGAGGCAACCGGACAGGACUGGAAGCCGGGCGUAGCGAUCGCGGCACCGAGUAGCACGACAACGAGCGGUAAUUCCGGCGAAGCCAUCAAAGCAAAGAUCGUCGAGCAGGGCAACACGGUGCGUGAUUUGAAGACGAAGAAGGCGGCUAAGCCGGAGGUUGACGCUGCGGUGAAGCUUCUGCUUGAUUUGAAGGCACAGUACAAGGCGGCUACCGGAAAGGAUUGGAAACCGGAGACAGCUGCUGCUGCACCUGUUACGGUGAAGAAGGAGGCUCCAAGCGGUGGUGUCGAGAUUAACGCUAAGAUCGUCGAGCAGGGCAAUACGGUGCGCGAUUUGAAGACGAAGAAGGCGGCCAAGCCGGAAGUUGAUGCUGCCGUUAAGGUUUUGCUUGACUUGAAGGCACAGUACAAGGCAGCUACCGGGAAGGAUUGGAAACCGGAGCCAGUCGCUGCUGCACCAAGUGAAGUGAAGAAGGAGGCUGCGCCAAGCGCUGGUGCUGGUGCCGAAAUUAAUGACAAGAUCGCGAAGCAGGGAGACGUGGUGCGUGAUUUGAAGAGCAAAAAAGCAACGAAGCCGGAUAUUGACGCAGCGGUUAAAGUGCUGUUGGAUUUGAAGGCACAGUACAAGGUGGCGACGGGUCAGGACUGGAAACCAGGUGCAACGCAAGCUGCCCCGGCUCAGAAGGCUCCGGCUCCGGCAUCCGGCGAUAAAGAAGCGGAAAUUCUCAACCAAAUCGCCACUCAGGGAGAUAGCAUCCGAACGCUCAAGUCCAGCAAAGCGGACAAGGCCGCAGUUGAAGCUGAGGUUAAGGUGCUGCUGCAGUUAAAGGCCGACUACAAGUCGUUGACCGGUAAGGACUGGAAGCCGGGUACCGUCGCCACACCAGCGGCUCAGCCUGCCAAGCAGGACAAGGAAAAUAUGGCUCCAACUAACAAUGUCCCCGCUGCUGCUGCCGGCUCGGAAAAGGACGUUCUCACUGCCAAGGUGAACGCACAAGGUGAAACCGUAAGGAACUUGAAGUCCUCGGGUGCCUCGAAGGAUCAGAUCGAUGCGGCGGUGAAGCUGCUGCUGGACUUGAAGGCAGAAUACAAGAAGGUGACCGGAACGGAUUUCCCCGUGGCGGGACGUGCACCGAAGGCGGCCGCACCGAAGAAGGAAAACAAAAAGGAGGAAAAGCCCCAGAAGAGCAAACCGGAACCGGCAAAGCAGAAAGACGAUGGCAGUGGUCCGAAGAAGCAAACCCGGCUGGGACUUGAAGCGACCAAGGAGGAUUGUCUGCCCGAGUGGUACUCCCAGGUCAUCACCAAGGGUGAAAUGAUCGAGUACUACGACGUGUCCGGGUGCUACAUCCUGCGCCACUGGUCGUUUGCCGUGUGGAAGGCCAUCAAGGCGUGGUUCGACGCGGAGAUUACGAAAAUGGGCGUCAAGGAGUGCUACUUCCCGAUCUUUGUGUCGCGAGCUGCGCUGGAGCGCGAAAAGGACCACAUUGCCGACUUUGCUCCGGAGGUGGCCUGGGUCACCAAGAGCGGCGAGUCGGACCUGGCGGAACCGAUCGCGGUGCGUCCGACGUCAGAGACGGUCAUGUACCCGGCGUACGCCAAGUGGAUCCAAUCGUACCGCGAUUUGCCGAUUCGGUUGAACCAGUGGAACAACGUUGUGCGCUGGGAAUUUAAGCAUCCGCAGCCGUUCCUGCGCACCCGUGAAUUCUUAUGGCAGGAAGGACACACCGCGUUCGCGACUCAGGCCGAAGCCACCGAAGAGGUGCUGCAGAUUUUGGAAUUGUACGCUCAGGUGUACACGGACCUGCUGGCGAUUCCGGUGGUCCGCGGGCGUAAGACGGAAAAGGAAAAGUUCGCCGGCGGAGACUUUACGACCACGGUUGAGGCGUUCAUUUCCGCGUCGGGACGGGCCAUUCAGGGAGCUACGAGUCACCAUCUGGGGCAGAACUUUUCGAAAAUGUUUGACAUCGUGUACGAGCAUCCGGAGACGAAGGAGAAGGAGUACGUGUAUCAGAACUCGUGGGGCAUAACGACGCGCACGAUCGGUGUGAUGAUCAUGGUCCACGCGGACAACCAGGGUCUGGUGCUGCCGCCGAGGGUGGCGUGCAUUCAGGCGAUCAUUGUUCCGUGCGGAAUUACGGCCAACACGACCGAUGAGGAGCGCAAGACGCUGUACGACAACUGCAAGGAGCUGGAGGCCGAGCUCGUGAAGGCGGGAGUUCGCUGCGAGGGUGACUACCGGGACAACUAUUCGCCGGGAUGGAAGUACAAUCACUGGGAGCUGAAGGGAGUUCCGAUUCGCGUUGAACUUGGCUUCAAGGACUUGAAGAACAAACAGUUCGUUGCGGUGCGACGUGACACCGGCGAUAAGAUUACGGUGAAACGUGAAGCCGCCACCGUAGACAUCCAAGCCCUGCUGGAAACGAUCCACGCCAGUAUGCUGAAGAAGGCCGAGAAGGAUCUGGCGGACCAUUUGAAGGUCACCAAGAAGUGGGAUCAGUUUACCGAGCUGCUCGAAGCGAAGAACAUUAUCAUGGCUCCGUUCUGCGGCGAGACCCCGUGCGAGGACAAGAUAAAGGCGGACAGUGCCCGUGAUGAUGGGGAAGCGGAGCCUGGAGCACCGGCCAUGGGCGCCAAAUCGCUGUGUAUUCCUUUCGAGCAACCGGCCCCUAUCGAGGCGAACGACAAGUGCGUCCAUCCAGCCUGUGGACGCAAGGCCAAGUUCUACACGCUGUUUGGUAGAAGUUAUUAAAGAGACGCAUUUCCCAUGAUAAUAAUUUAUUCUCUUAUCGUCAGUAAUGUGGUUAUCUUACUGUUGUGUUUUCCUUUUCCGCAAACACCUAACCGUCUACUAUUGCUCGAUUCGUAAAAUUGGCGUAAAGCAUAUAAAGCAGAAUCGGCUUAAUUAAAACGAACUACUUUAAAGUGAGUUUCACAAUUACAACA